CUGCUCAUACGGCGGCCGCGGCAGCCGCCAUGUCUAUCUUCACCCCCACGAACCAGAUCCGCCUCACGAACGUGGCCGUGGUGCGGGCGCGGCGCGGCGGGAAGCGCUUCGAGAUCGCCUGCUACCGCAACAAGGUCCUGGGAUGGCGCAGCGGAGCGGAGAAAGACCUUGACGAGGUCCUGCAGACACACACGGUGUUUGUCAACGUUUCCAAAGGCCAGGUGGCGAAGAAGGAAGAUCUCAUUCAAGCGUUUGGGACAGAUGACCAAACAGAAAUCUGUAAGGUGAUUUUAUCAAAAGGAGAGCUGCAGGUAUCAGACAAAGAACGACACACACAGCUGGAGCAGAUGUUCAGAGACAUCGCGACUAUUGUGGCUGACAAAUGUGUGAAUCCAGACACAAAGAGGCCAUACACAGUGAUCCUUAUAGAGAGAGCCAUGAAGGAUAUUCACUACUCUGUCAAACCCCACAAGAGCACAAAGCAGCAGGCACUGGAAGUGAUCAGACAGUUAAAGGAGACGAUGCAAAUUGAACGUGCUCAUAUGAGGCUGCGAUUUAUUAUUCCAGCAAAGGAGGGGAAGAAACUAAAAGAGAAGCUGAAGCCAUUGAUUAAAGUUAUUGAGAGCGAAGACUUCCAUGAACAGCUGGAAAUGGUGUGCCUUAUUGACCCAGGCUGCUUCAGAGGAAUUGAUGAGCUGAUCCGGAGUGAGACAAAAGGGAAAGGAACACUGGAAGUGCUCAGUCUGAAAGAUGUAGAGGAAGGAGAUGAAAAGCUGGAAUGAUGAAAACCAUCUUACGAACUGA